UAUUGCCACCAACAGAGAAGUUGUCAUGUCAGGGGUGUGUUUCCUCACUCAGUUGAACUGUUAACUAGACUUGCUUCACAAUCGAGGUGACAGAUGAACGAGUGACACGCAUGACACCAGAACAGUCGACACGCUCACGUCUUUAAGAGGUUUAACCAUGGCUUCAAACACAACCACUAAUUCAACUAAACCCGUUGAGGAUUGUGGGAUUAAUAUGAAGGUGUGGGAAUUAGCGCUUCCCAGCCUUUAUUUCGCUAUUUUCCCACCUGCCCUUCUGCUGAACCUUGUAGUAGCUUGGAUAUGUUUACACCUCAAAACCAACUCUAAUUUCAUGGUGUACCUGAAGCACUUGGUGGCAGCUGACCUCCUCAUGACCGUGACCUACCCCAUCCGUGGUGCCAGCGAGCUCCCGGGAGCUUCAGCCGGACUGCAUGCUUUCGCCUGCCGAUUCUCCAGCGUCUUUUUCUACCUGGCCAUGAACAUGAGCGUGAUUUUGAUGGGACUCAUCAGCCUUGACCGCUACCUGAAGAUCGUGAGAUCUGGAGGAAGUCUUCUAUGUCAGAACCUGCUCUUUAGUAACAUCCUCUCAUUCUUUUUCUGGUUUGCAUUGAUCAGCUUCAAUACGUUGCCGAUUAUAAUCACGACGAACCAAGACCCUACCAAUAAGCCCGGAGAGUUCUGCAUAGCCAUGAAAUCUGAACUAGGACUUGCUUGGCACGAGGCAGUCAUCAUAAUCAGCAAAGUCAUAUUUUGGGCCGUGUGCAUUUUGAAUGUGUUCUGUUAUACCUUCAUUGCAAAGACAGUUUUGGAGUCAUACCAGAGGUCUCGCGGCAACAACGACAAGCGGAAACGUAAAGCGAAGCUUCGUGUUUUUCUGAUUCUUCUCGUUUUUUUUAUCUGUUAUUUACCAUACCACUCCAUCCGAAUACCUUAUACUAAUCUACAGGUUCAAGCUAGUAGCACAUGUUACAAGCAAGCACUUAGAAUUGGUAAGGACUUCACGCUCUGGCUCUCAGCUAUAAACGUCUGCCUGGACCCCUUGAUCUACUUUUUUCUCUGCCGGGAUUUCAGGGAGAGGUUUUUGGAGAUAUGUGCCAUAAAAAGUCUUUUUCCAUCCUUUCGAAAUAAAAAAGAUGCAUUUCAGUCCACAGAUACUUCACAGCAAGCUUAAUAGAAAGUUGUACGGCUGCAAACAGUGAGAAUGUGUUUUUUUGUAAAUAAUCAGCAUGGCAUGAGUGCUUGUGAAGUGAAAUGGUGUUGAAACCUCAACAGGAAGCUCAAAUUUGAGACCUCACUUUAGAGACCAAAAUAUAGCUUUUUUACUCAACAGUGUUUGUAUUAUAUAAAAAUUUCACUGAAGGUUUUUUGUAAUGUCAAAUGUAAUGUUUUUUUUACAUUUUUUUUAUUGGACAAAAUGUCUAAAGGUCUAAGAGCUGAGCUGCAGUAUCUGUGAAAACCUGACGCAAUGACUAUAGCAGUUCAGAAAUAUUUUGUUUUGCUAAUGUAUGGGCUACUAUGCAUUAAUAAGAAUGUAAUUGUGUUUAAUUUAGACAUUGCUGCUUUAGCUACUGGAUUUGUAUUUUAAUUCAUGAAAUAUAUACAAUAAAGUUUUAUUCUAAUUACA